CAUCAGACUUUUACAUUAACAUUGAAUGGGACAAGAGCCGUUCUUGGUGCUGCCAGACUAUUCGAAUUCGUGACCCGCGCGCGUUACAACUUGACCUCGAGGCAAUAUUUCGUAUCGCUAUCGAUUAUCCGAAUCAAUCCAGUCUCACUGACUUUUUCAGCCACUCGUCUCACGCCGACAACUUAUAAGCUUAGCUAGCCUGCCAUCAAGUACUUCCUCCGCUCGUUCUUAUCUGCUCAUCCCUGUUAUCAAGAUGGCGGGGCCACAGAAUAACCUAGACAGCGUUAGGAGGACCUUUCAGUCUCAGCACAACGGAAACAUGAUCUCGAGCAGCGUAUUGCCAAAGACCUCAUCAUCAUCAAAGUUCAAGCCAGCCUUGGGCGCUUCUCACUCUGCCUCAAAUCCCACUGUUCGCCAAAUGUCAGGCUCGAGUUCUUCACUUCCAUCAUUCGCAACACCAAAUUUUGGAAGGAAGAUGACGAACCCUCGUCCAGCGCCAUUGUCCGCUUCGCCUCAGCGGGAUCUAAUCGAUUUAUGUCGUGAACCCACCAUCGAGAUCAUGGAAGGCCCAGUACCAUCCAGAAAGCGUCAGUCCCUUGAUGUCCCCGACGGAGCUCAACAAUCAGCUUCUAAGCGGCUCAAGGAAAGUAAUCGCGUUAACAAAGAAAAUAUUUUCAAUACCCUUCCUUUGUCGUCAAAGGGAAUAUCUCGCGCCAUUCCUCGACAAUGGACGCCUGAAAUCCCAAGCGAUGUCGAAGCAUCGAACCCAAACCCUGCUUCAAAUGCACUAUCUCGUCUUAAUUUGUUUACCGCACCACCAGCAUCCUCAGAAACUGCACAAUCUGAUGCGGGCACUCAGCUCGUCAAGAAUUCGGACCUGGACUCCCGAUCGCGAGGGUUUUUGGAACUAAUACUUGCCCGAAACCGCCAAGUUCGCGACUAUUUCCUCAAAGCAAUAUCAGAACAUGGAAACAACCCGUUAGAUAUUUUCGAAAUUUCAUUUUUACUGGCUCACAUUGAAGGUCGCAUCGAAGCUAUCCAAGAACGCCUGGCUCGCUUCAACCCCGUCAACGAACCAGCUUCAGCUCCAUCCACAUCUAUUCUUGUGUCGUCUGGGCCUACUGAUUUGAGGAGUGUCCUCGAACCAGAAGAUGUCGAUGUCGACGGCCCGCUUGAGCCAGAAGAUAUUGACGUAUCGGCUGAGACCUUGAUUGUGCCUGACAGCGAUGACCUUUGGGAGGGCCUUGACGAGCCCUCAACAUUGCAACUGGAUACCUUAACCUCGACUACUCCGACGCUCGAUUCCGCGGAUGCACCAUGCACUCCCUCUGCGCCCACUGGUCGUCUUGAUAACACAUCAACCCCUUACUAUGCCGAGGCAGUUUCGGUCUUGAAGAGUGUGUUUCGGCUGACUUCCUUCAGGCAAAACCAACUCGAAGCUAUCAACGCCACGCUAGGCGGAAAGGACGUCUUCGUCCUAAUGCCCACCGGUGGUGGGAAGAGUCUUUGUUAUCAACUUCCCGCAGUCUGUAAGACUGGUAGGACCCAAGGAGUAACGUUUGUCAUAUCUCCACUUGUUGCGCUCAUCGCCGAUCAAGUGGCAUCCUUGCGAGAGAAACACGUUAAUGUUGACUGCAUGUCUUCCCUGAGGACCGCAGACGACUCACGGGAUGUUAUGCGCCGCCUUCGCAGUAAUCAAAAACCAGACAUUUGCUAUAUAACACCCGAAAAGCUACGCGAGAGCAACGCUAUGCAAGACAUCCUAGCACAACUAUAUGAAGACAAACAAAUCGCGCGCUUUGUCAUUGAUGAGGCGCAUGUCAUUCAGAGCUGGGGGCGGGAUUUUCGCGACGCCUAUGCAGAGCUCCAUAUGCUGCGUGAGCGGUACCGUGAUGUGCCCAUCAUGGCACUCACCGCAACCGCGAACAAGACCGCGAUCCAGGACAUCCGUACUCGCUUAGGUUUACGUGACCCCUUAUGCUUGAUGCAGUCUUUCAACCGCCCGAAUCUCUAUUAUGCAGUACAGCCUAAACCGUCCACGAAAAAGAAGGUAGUUCAAGCUAUUGCUGGUUUCAUCAAGUCACAGCACGCCGCCCAUACCGGCAUUGUAUAUGGCUUCUCAAAGUUGGAGUGCGAGGAACUCGCUGAGCAACUGCGAAACGACUAUGGCCUGUCUGCCAAACAUUACCAUGCCGGUAUGGACUCACAAGAGCGCAGCACCACUCAAGAAGAAUGGCAAAGUGGCAGCUGCAAGAUAAUUGUAGCAACGAUCGCGUUUGGGAUGGGAAUCGACAAACCGGAUGUACGCUUCGUAAUUCACUCAACGUUACCAAAGUCGAUGGAUGGGUAUUACCAGGAAACUGGGCGCGCUGGACGCGACGGCGAUCCGGCAGACUGCAUUCUUUACUAUGCACACAGGGACGCCGUAUCACGACAUCAGUUGAUCAACAGCGACCGCAACGACAAAGGUCCAGCUCGGACUCCAGAGGAGAAAAAGCGACAACUGGAAGACCUCUCGGCGGUGGCCCAGUACUGCCGCAACGAGGCUGACUGCCGACGGUCAUUAAUCCUCGCACAUUUCAACGAGCGUUUUGACUCCCACCUUUGCCCGAAAGGUUGUGACAACUGUUCGAGAGGUGGAACAGUGUUUCGCCAGCUGUACACCUUGGAGGCGCAGCAGGCAAUCCGGUUAUUCGGAGAGAUGGCAGCCUCUAUGGAUAGGAUCGCCCUCGGUCAUUUCAAAGAUGUAUAUGCGGGUCGGAACCGGGCGAAGGUUCGUGAGAGUGGGCAUGACCAAUUGUCGUUGUUUGGAGUGGGCAAAGGCGUGGAUGGAGACCGUAUUAUAAGUGAGAUGCUAGGCGCUGACAUUUUUGCGAUCGCACGAGAGGCCUCUGCGUCUGGCUGGACCAAUGAUUACUUGAAGGUAAUUAAGGCCCAGUCUUCGUUUUGCCGGUGACCUGAUGUUAUGAAUUAAUUUGAAGCUUGGUCCGCAAGCAGA